AUGGGGAACCUCUGCCUAGGCAAGCCCGUCGAGUUGGCCAGCGCUUCCUCUUCGAUCCCCUCCAGUGGGUCUUUCUCCCUCCCGCCCCCCGCACUCUCUCUCUACCUUUUCCCUUUUCCACGGGGUUCCGCCGAGCUUUAUCUCCGCCGUUCGAUUGCGCCCUAGCUUCGGAUUCUCCGUCUCUCUCUGGAUGAUUUCUGAGGAAACUCCUAGGGGGAUUCUAACAUAAUUCGAUCGAGAACCCGGUCCCGUUCUCCUCCUGUUCUAUUGGGUCAACGGGCUUCUUCCUCUGUUUUUUGUAAUCUCUUGGAUUUCUGCUGAUCGGUCUGGUUAAUUCCUCCGCAGAGGUCGUCUUAAAAUCGAACGAUUCCUCCGAUUUCAACUCUUCGAGCAAUGGGUCAUCGGUCAGCACCCUCAGCUCCCACCAAUCAACGAGCCAUCCGAUCCCCAUCGCCGCUCUAAAAGCGUUCACUCUGAAUGAUCUCAAGGCCGCCACGAAGAACUUCCGCUCGGACAGUUAUCUCGGGGAAGGAGGAUUCGGGUGUGUUUACAAAGGAUGGAUCGACGAGAACACCCACGCGCCCACGAAGCCGGGCGUCGGCAUUGUUGUCGCCAUCAAGAAACUCAAGCAAGAGAGCAUCCAAGGGCACAAGGAAUGGCUGGUCUGUAUCCUCCUGUUCCCACCUCGCCGGCCCCGAUGAUCAAAAUGUCAUUUUUCUUCCCCUUUUACUGAUCCGGGAUCCUUUUUUUCUUCGGUCAACAGGCGGAGGUGACUUACUUAGGUCAAUUCCACCAUGAGAAUCUGGUGAAACUCAUCGGAUACUGCUCCGAAGCCGAUAAGAAACUUCUAGUCUACGAGUACAUGCCCAGAGGCAGCUUGGAGAAUCACCUUUUCAAGAGUAUUCACCUACCCCGUUUCUUCCUCAGACCUUCAUCUGGGUCCUCGCCGUUGACUCUCCGCGUUCUUGUUUCCCCAGGAGGGGUCCAGCCGAUUUCAUGGGCAACGAGAGUCAACGUCGCCAUUGACGUCGCUCGAGGUCUCUCCUUCCUGCACAGCUUGGAACCGCCAGUGAUCUACAGGGACCUCAAGGCGUCCAACGUUCUUCUCGUCUCGGUACAUUCCCCGCCGGUUCCAUCAGAUUCAUCCUCCCUUCUCUCUCUCUCUCUCACCGCGGAAGAUCAUCGAAUUUUCCCCUUUUUCCUCCGCAGGACUUCACUGCGAAGCUCUCCGACUUCGGGCUGGCGAGGAACGGGCCCACCGGCGACAAAACCCACGUCUCGACGAGGAUCGUCGGCACCAGAGGCUACGCCGCGCCGGAGUAUAUCGCCACCGGUGAGUUCCUCCACCAAAAAGCGUACUCUGUUCUCGAAAUCACAGCACGAAGCCGUCGUACGAAAUAGUGAAAUCGAUGAUUCGUCGGUGCAGGGCAUCUGACGGUGAAGAGCGACGUCUACAGCUUUGGGGUGGUCUUGCUGGAACUGAUGUCGGGGAAGCGGUCACUGGACGAAGACAGAGGCGGCAUGGAGGAGGCGCUGGUCGACUGGGCGAAGCCCUUCCUCGGCAACCAGAGGAAGAUGGUGAGGAUAAUGGACACGCGGCUGGAGGGCCAGUACGUGAAGAAGGCGGCUCAGACGCUAGCCUCGGUGGCUGAGGAGUGCCUCCACGCGGACCCCAAGAGCAGGCCGUCCAUGGCAGAGGUCCUGGCCGCCAUUGAAGAGCUUCAGGCGCCGAGGAACACACCGCGAAGCUCCAAGGGGACCCCCAGCCACAGCCUUCAGAGAUACAAGCCCUAG